UUGCUUACUACUCUUUCAUUCUACCAUUGAUCACUCUAUUACCGUUUACAAUGGCCUGGAACAAUUUCAAGACCCACAGCGUCUUCUCGAAAGACGAGUUCUACGGCCUUCCUACUUUCCCCGAUGCUGAAGGCAAAAAAUACUCUGCCAUUGUGACCGGCGCCAAUGGUAUUACUGGUGCACAUAUGAUUCGUGUGCUGGCUGAGGCUCCAGAACGUUGGGGAACCAUCUAUGCACUGAGCAGAAAGCCGCCUGCGUCUCUCAUCGGAGGCAACAUCAAGUAUCUCGCAGUCGACUUUUUGGAGUCGCCUGAAGAGAUAGCCAAACAAUUGACAGAACACAUUCUAAAUGUCGAUUAUGUGUUUUUCUCCUCAUACAUCCAGCCCGCGGGCGUCUGGUCUAACACCGAUGAAUUGGAAAGACUGAAUACGCUUCUGUUGUCAAACUUUCUCUCUGCAUUGACCCUGGCGCAAAAAGUCCCCAAGAGAUUUCUUCUCCAAACAGGCGGGAAGCAUUACGGAUUGCACCUUGGGCCGGGCAUUAACCCAAUGGAAGAAUCAAACCCUCGCGUUACAUCAGCACCAAACUUCUACUACCCACAGGAAGAUUUACUCUGGAAAUGGUCGCGUGAAAACAACACCGAGUGGAACGUGACUCGGCCGGGUUUCAUCAUUGGUGCCGUACGCGAUGCGUCAAUGAACAUUGCUCACGGCUUUUCUCUGUACGCUGCUAUUCAAAAGGAACUUGGAAGGCCGCUUGAAUUCCCUGGCGAUAUCACUGCUUGGGACGUCGAGAAACACAUAUCGUCUGCGCUUCUUAUCGGCUACCAUGCCGAAUGGACCGUUCUCACCCCUUCCACUCGCAACCAAGCCCUGAACAUUGCUGACGGCGGCACUUUCACUUAUGGCCAAUUCUGGCCCAUCCUUGCUGCUCUUUAUGGCAUUCCCUAUGGCAUCCCUGAGCUGGAUGAUGCCAAGUAUCAGACUGUUGAAAUGCCACUUGCUCCCCCGCCUCGAGGCUUCGGGCCGCCUGGCAAGUUCAGGGUUGCCUGGACAUUCGAAGACUGGGCAAACAAGCCCGAAGUUAGACAGGCAUGGGAGACUUUGAAGGCAAGGCAUAAUCUGGCACCGCAGCCGGAUCCUUUUGAUAAGGUACCGGAGAUAUUUGGCCUGCUGGAUAAAGAGAUUCUUGGGGGUUGGGGAAGAAGCUUGAGCAUGAACAAGAGCCGAAAGCAAGGAUGGAAUGGAUUCGUUGACUCGAGUGACUCUCUCAUCAAGACGUUUGAAGAACUUGCCGCCCUGAAAAUGAUUCCGCCUUUCAAGCGACCAGAGCAAAUCGACAUUAAAUUUCACGGAUAUUGAACAUGAAAUAGUCACAGAAGCGUGGUUUGUGCUCAGUUAACACAGGCCAAUACAUCUAAAGGAUAUCCAUGUCAAGUAUUGAUUGGUCUUGAUUGC